GGGGGGAUUUAAUUUCUUCUAAGGUGGAGUGAGAGGAAGACAACCGUGUCUCUAACCAAAAUAACAUCCACAAGGAGGCUCCCAGGAGACCAAGAUGGCCUCAGCCACAGACGCAAGAUUCGGACAUAAGGAUGUGACGGACCAAAACUUUGACUACAUGUUCAAACUUCUGAUCAUUGGGAACAGCAGCGUGGGGAAGACCUCCUUUCUCUUCCGGUAUGCCGAUGAUACUUUCACAUCUGCCUUUGUUAGCACAGUGGGAAUUGACUUCAAGGUGAAGACCGUGUACCGAAAUGACAAGAGGGUGAAGCUACAGAUUUGGGAUACAGCUGGUCAGGAGAGAUACAGGACCAUCACAACUGCAUAUUACAGAGGUGCAAUGGGAUUCAUAUUGAUGUAUGACAUCACAAAUGAGGAGUCCUAUAUGGCUGUCCAGGACUGGCACUCAUGUGCCACGCGCUCCAGUGCGGGAGAUCUCACUGAGGCCGAAGUGCUAACCCCCAUCAAAACAAAAUAUGUCUAUGUAUUAUCGACUGUGAUACCUACAGAGAAAGGAAAGCACCUUGCCGAUCAACUUGGUUUUGAAUUCUUUGAAGCCAGUGCCAAGGAGAAUAUUCAGGUGAAGCAGGUUUUUGAACGCCUCGUUGAUAUCAUCUGUGACAAGAUGUCGGAGAGUCUCGACAACGAGCAUUCGGCGGCCAGUGGAGGCAAAAACAUGCGCUUUACUGACUCCACUCCCCCUGUACAGCAGAAGUGUUCAUGUUAACCCAACUACCACCUUGUCUUGGACCAACCAAAACCCCAUUGAACUCCAAACCCAGUUAAAGUUCCUGUUGAUAUGUGGCAAAAUGGAGCCACUAGACCAAUACUUAGAACUCUCCCCAGGUACAAGGGCUGGGAUUUGAUCUCAUUAACCAGAAUAUCAAUCCCUAGAAAAAUGCUACUGACCCACGUGUGCAAAAGAAGGAUACUUCUUGUGUCAUUUUAUGGUUUAAAA